AUGAGCAAGCAGUAGUAAAAUGGAGUUAAAAAUGUGAAUGGCCAGGAGCUUUAAACCAUGAAUAAUAGCAAACCAGAUUAAAAUCAUUAAGUAAAAAUAAAUAGAAUAGAUUAGGGUAAUGAUGAAUUUUUGAAGUAAAAACUGAUUAACAUGAAUUAACUAAGUUUAUAACCAUCAGCUCAAAAAUAAAGUAAGGAAGUAAAUGGACAAGGUUCUCAGACUAAAAGUGUUUAAUAAAAUUGUGAAAACCAAGGAUCAGAUUAAAAUGAGAGUACGAAUGCAGGGACCAAUUCAAAUUUCUAGUUUAUGAGCGAAAAUGAUAAAAUACAAUAGGCUAAGUCUAAAUUAGAAGAAGAAAAAGAAAAAAGUGAAAAUUAUAAGAGUCUUUACCAUCCAAGUUCAUACUUGCAAGUACCUUAACAUGCACAUUAAAUAUCACAAAAUCUUAAAGAAGAAGGUUCUGAAAAAGCUAUAACUAAUGAUAAAGAUAUUAAUUAAACCUUUUAAAAAAGCGAAAAAGAUUAAAUAGAUUAAGUAUAAAUAAAUGCAAAAGAAUAGUAUGGCCAAAAAUUUGUGGAGAAAAAGAAUGAAAGUGGUGCCUUUAAUAGUUUGAAUUUUCCUCAAUUAUCAAAUGCGACAAAUUUAGUAAUUGCUCAAGUAACAUAAGAAAAGCAAAUUUCAGAUUUUAAUGAAUAGAAUUCAGGCAGCACUGAAUUGUCCUCUAAUUACGAAAAUGUUGAGAAGGAUAAUUAACCGGGAAAUGCAGAUUAAAAAUAAAAUCGUCAAUAAGAUUCUUAAAACAAUAAUUAACCCAAUUAAUAAGGGUAAAAUUAGGAAAUAUAUUAAAAUUAAAAUAAAUUUUUAGAAAACAAUACUAAUUAUGUGAGUGUUUUACCUUAAAAAAAUGGUUUCAUGUAAGAAAAUCCAAAAUAAGAUGCUGAGGAAACUACAAAACGGGAGGAGGAGGAUACAUUAAUUUAAGAGAGCAACAAUUAAGAACCUAAAAUUUCAUCGAACAAUAAUACUUAUAGAGAUCUGCUAACGUUUUAAUAAGCUUUGUGUAUUUAGCUUAAAGAAAUGAUCAAGUAAGCGAAAUAAGAUCCAACCAAGAAAAUAUAUUAUAAUAAGAAAGGGUUGAAUCAUCCUUAAUAGUAAGAUAAGCUUUACGAAAAGGAACUAUUAGAAUUUUUUGAAGGAUGGAUUUCAUAUACUGAAAUAUCCGAAGAUUCUGAAAUAAAAUACCGUGGAUCUAUUGAUUUUGAGAAGGAAUGUUUAAAUAGUUUCAUAGAAUUCGUUAAUGAUAAGAAAAAUAGCGAAUUAUAGAAAUUAAAACUUUUAUUUUAAGAUGAGGGCACUCUAAAUAAUUGGAAAAAUAUUAUGGAUUAAUUAUAAAUUAACGACAUCUAAUUUUUUGUUAUGUUGUGUGCAAUUAAGCAAAAUGAACCAUAAAAUGAGUUUGCAAAAUGCUACCUAGAAUGGUGGUUUUAAUGGAAUCCGUCUUCAGUUUUUACCAAAAAGAAUUAUAUAUGA